GCGCCACGUGUGCGUAGGAGCGCACCGGAAGCGCCCGGCUGGCGGCGCGGCGGCAGGGCUGGGCGGCGGCGGCGGCGGCGGCGGCGGUCAUGGAGCGGGAAGAGGAUUCCCUGUUCGCGCGGCCGGCCCUGGAGACCGAGGGGCUGCGCUUCCUGCACAUCACGGUGGGCUCCCUGCUGGCCACCUAUGGCUGGUACAUCGUCUUCAGCUGCAUCCUUCUCUACGUGGUGCUUCAGAAGCUUUCCGCCCGGCUAAGAGCCUUGAGGCAGAGGCAGCUGGACCGAGCUGCGGCUGCUGUGGAACCUGAUGUUGUUGUUAAACGACAAGAAGCUUUAGCAGCUGCUCGAUUGAAAAUGCAAGAAGAACUAAACGCGCAGGUUGAAAAGCAUAAGGAGAAACUGAAACAGCUUGAAGAAGAGAAAAGGAGACAGAAGAUUGAAAUGUGGGAGAGCAUGCAAGAAGGAAAAAGUUACAAAGGAAAUGCAAAGAAGCCCCAGGAGGAAGACAGUCCUGGGCCUUCCACUUCAUCUGUCCUGAAACGGAAAUCGGACAGAAAGCCUUUGCGGGGAGGUGGUUAUAACCCUUUGUCUGGUGAAGGAGGUGGAGCCUGCUCCUGGAGACCUGGACGCAGAGGCCCGUCAUCUGGUGGAUGAAGCUAAGAAUCUUGCAGUGAACAGAACCUUCUGAAAGGAUGGAUGAUUAUAACUCCUUGGCAUUCACUGUUUCUUAAAACAGGCAUCUCUGAAAGUUUUUUUUCUUUAAUAAAAAUUACCAAUUUUUCCAGCGACCCCUGUUUGAGGCAUGAGUGGACAGGCUUCAUCUCUAAAGAAGCCCUUCCAGGGAACUCUGUCGGCUGUUUGAGGCUUGCUGCGAACAAACAAUUGAGGUAUUUACCAAGAGUUUCCAAGAAAUUGCUGCAAAUUAUAUGAAAUGUUAUACUGGUAACAGACGUUCAAUGUAUUAGCAACAGAAAAAAAAUGUAAAGUGUGUGGGAACAAAGUUGCCAUCUGUGAGAAAAUGUUCAGUAAGGUAGGUGGCGAUGAGCUUUGAUGAUGUGUCAUGAAGAGUCACACUCAUGAACACAGAAGGGAAGUUAAGUGAUCUGGGAUUUUUGAGCAAAUUUCUGAUACUGGUCUGGAAUCAUGUGGAGGACCAUUUAACGUGAUCCAGCAGGAAGACUCAUUUGGAGACAGAGCCGGACUCCCGGAGCCCCUCCAGGUGGAACUCACUCCACGCGGAGCUCAGACUCGGUCCCACACUCCUGAUCCCUGAUCCAUCACAGCCCACCUCUUGGGCCAGUCCUGUGCCACUGGGACUUUCAUGGAAUAACUACAGUUACGGGCUUCCUUACAGGUGUUCCUGGUAACAGUUAAUCCCUCCCCCUCUUUUAUGAUGAGAAACAUGGUCAGUGAUUCCCUCAACAGAGAAGGGCGGUAGCACAGUGAAAUCAAGAAACCCGGAAUCAUGGAAAGUCUUUCCUCAGCUCACUGCAGUGAAAUCCCUAUAAAUGCGAAUCACCCUGCCCUCUCCUUACCUUUAAAAAUAAAUUAGGGUGAGGAGCAGCCUUGGCCCCCAGGGGGCUUCGGGGAAGGAUGCAUGUGUGUGCACUGGAGGCAGAUGUUCCAGACCCUCGCUGUCCUCCCUGGCUCCUUGCUGGUACUGACUAGUGGGGCUGGGCGUGGGACAGGCCUUCAUACUGGGGGUACCAGUCCUGUCCAGCUGUUUAGGCCUCUGGCUGUCACUGAAGUUCUUGAUUCCAGGUAUUUGCUACUGGCUGUGAAAUCCCCACUUAGGACAGACCUGUCUCGUGAGCCAGGCCCCCUGCUGGGACACUUUUGAAUUCCUCCCCAGGAGAACUGCCUCAGCUCAACAAUCCGGCUGCUCCUUCCAGCCGUGCUAGAGGUUGCUCUCCUGCUCCUAGGCUGCAUGCCGGAAUUGGUCCCUGCCCCUGGCAGACUUCUAUAGGACCUGUUUCUCUCUCUCCUUCCAACCCUCUCUUGGCCUGGCGUAUCCCUCUUCUCCCAGAGGGAUUUCCCUUAUGUCUUACUCUCCUCCAGGGAAUUGUAAGCCUUCAGGCUCAGCCUUUACGAAGAAAAGGGUAUCCUUUCCACAUUACGAAAGACCCCCCAUUGAGCCUGCAGGUGAGACAGGUGAGACUUGUUAACCUAGGAACUGAGGGACAACUAGGAACCAGGAUAUUGAGGAGGACAAAAUAUUUGGCAUCCUCAAAAUAUUAUUCCCAUAUUUAUAUACUUUUUUUUUUUGAGAUGG